AUGUUAUUAGCUAGUCUGGAGCUGAACUCCUUGAUUAUUCCAGGGACGGUGCUCAUCCUGGUGUGGAUUUUUUUCUACAUCCGGGUGUUCUUGGACUCCAAAGGGGGCACGAAGUUAUCCGGGCAAGGCAAGGCUGCCGCCUCGAAUGGGGUGCGCGGGGAGAAUUCCGUUUUAAUCCUCUUCGGCUCGCAAUCGGGUACGGCGGAGGCCUUCUCGAAGUCGCUCGGGCGGGAAUGCGCGAAACGCGGCAUCCACGGCAUCGUCUGCGAUGCGGAGGAGUACAACCCGGAGGACCUCGCGCUCGAGAAGGUCGUCCUGGUCAUCUGUGCGACCUACGCGGACGGGGAGCCGACGGGAAACAUGAAGGCCUUUCAUGAUUGGAUCAUGGACGACGCCCGCCUCGUCGGGGCGGAGCUUGCGACGGUGAAGUACGCCGUCUUCGGGCUUGGGGAUCGGCAGUAUAAGUUUUUUUGCCGCGAAGGCCUCACCCUCGACGCGCGGUUUGCCGAGCUCGGGGCGGAGCGCUUUUACGGGAUGGGCAUCGGCGACGCCGAUAGCGGGAAUUUGGAAGGGCAGUUCGAGGAGUGGGUGCAGGGGCUGUGGGGGGCCCUCAGCCGCGCGCUCGGGGCGAGGCUGGAGGUCCAUCCGGAGGAGAUCCCCGAGUCGGAAUGCCGCGUGAAAUUCUGGGAAGACGCCGUCGAGGGCGCGCCCUACCCCGCGACGAUGUCGAUUUUGGAGCCCACCCAACGCCUCCCCGUGGCGAUCCCCGUGGUGCGGAAUGAGGAGCUCAUCCGGGGCGCCUCCACGCGAAGCACGCGGCUUCUCGAGUUCGACCUCACGAAUACGAUUAUUUCGUAUCAAGCCGGGGAUUACCUCGGGAUCCUCGCCUGCAAUCUCGACACCCUCGUGGAGGCGUAUCUCGCGCGGCUGGGGCUUCCCCCGGGCGAGGCGGAGCGGGUGCUUUCGCUGCAGGAUAAGAAAACCCUGAAGAACGUCUUCCCCGCGCGCGUUUCGGUUCGGACGGCGUUGAAGUGGUAUCUCGACCUCGCCGGGCCACCGAAAAAAUCGACCCUCCGCACCUUUGCCUCCUACUGCACCGACGCGCAGGAGAAGACGGAGCUGCUACGCUUGUUAGCCGUCGAUGCGGCCGCGCAGAAGGAGUACGAUCGCCUGCUUCACGAGCUCCGCACCGUUCUCGGCUUUUUGAAUCGCUUCCGUUCGAUGAAGAUUACUCUGCCGAUCUUUUUGGAGUACAUGCCCCGGAUCGCGCCACGGUAUUUCUCGAUCUCGUCCGAUUUGUUGUACACCCCAUCCAAAGUCAGCAUCACGGUUGGGGUGGUGGAAGGGGGGCUUUGCACGCCCAUGCUUCAGCGGCUCAAGGUGAACGAUUGCGCCUAUGCGUUUGUGCUGAAAUCGAGUUUUCACCUUCCCCUACGCGCGAAGGAGCGGCCGAUUAUUAUGAUCGGCCCUGGUACGGGCGUGGCGCCUUUUAUCGGAUUUAUUCAACGGCGAUACGCGUGGAAGGAAAAAGGGGCGACCCUCGGCGAGGCAAUGUUGUUUUUUGGCUGCCGACACUCCGCGGAGGAUCACAUCUACGAGGAUUUCACCCGUCAGGCGCUCAACGACGGCAUCCUCUCCGCGAUCGAGGUCGCCUACAGCCGGGAUCAGCCGGAGAAGAUCUACGUGCAGCACCGCCUCAAACAACGAGGGAAGGAUGUUUGGCGGAUUAUCCAUAACGAUAACGGCAACCUUUAUAUCUGCGGGGAUGCGAAGCAUAUGGUCCACGACGUCGAGGCCGAGCUCCUUCAAAUUGCCCAACGGGAGGGGGGGUUGUCUAAGGAGGAGGCGAGUGAGUUUCUGACAAAGAUGGGCGAUGAGGAUCGGUAUCUGAAAGAUGUGUGGUAA